AUUCAAUAAUCAAUUCUUAUUUUAAUACGGGGUCUUUAAUUGGAUCAAUCCGUCUAAAUUUACAAUUGCGCGAGCUCUGUGUUUCACGAGGUUUCAGCUCCGUACAUUACAUUCCUUUAGUUUAGUUAGUUCGUUGAAGUUAGGUUGGUAGCUUACGCGCAAGUUUUCUGGGUGGAAAACGCUUCGAUUUAAAACACAAAUUUGAAGUUUAUUUUCUUUCCGCAUCGUUAGUGUUUUGUUUACUAAAUUAUGUCCGUAAACAACGAGAAUUUAAGUGCGAGAAGGGCUAGCAUAGUGGAGCAAAUAUUGGAACAAGGUCAGAGGUUAAGAAACGCAAUGGUCAAAUCAAUUUUGGACAACGAUCCGUUUUAUGCUGAUACGGUCCAUACAAACAAAAUUAAGAAUUCAUUAAAGACGACGGCACACUCCAAGGUAACCAAAAAUUUCCAAGAAACAGUUGAAACAAAUGUGAAUGGAAAAAUGUCUGCAGAGAUUUCAAAUGUUUAUUGCGGUUGCGAUAUUUGCAACAUUUAUAAAAGGGAAAUAUCUCUCAGCACGAAAUGCCAACACAUUCCACCGCUACACCUUUUGGAUCGAGGCAAAAGUAAACUUCACAGUUACACUAGUAACGGUUACGACAGCGAGGGAACCGAAUCGACCAUACGUAGGUUAAAUGCGCAAAGUGAUUCCGAUAGUAAAACCCAUUCGGAAGUUCCGAACCCAUCGGAGGAAAUCACCAAAUCAAUUCAGGAGAGUUACCGUACGAAGGCAAUUGAAUAUUUCAAAUACGUAGAUUCGAUGAAAAUAACAAUCCACAGCUUAAGUUUGAAUCCGGCAGGAAAUAAGAAGGCUUUAACUAGCAGUGUCGAUCCGAAGUAUCGUUUGCCAACGAGCGUAAGUCACAGUUACUUUGUCGAGUAUAGCAUUCCCGAUUGUUUAAACAAUACUAUGUCGAAAAGUAAUUCGAAGGUUGACUCGGGUUUGAGUGCCAAUGUAUUUAGGAUAUGUUCGAAAAAGUUACAAAAUGAAGAAAUAUACUUCAAACACACCUCUAUUCAUGACAUCAAUAGUUUGGCGCAAUUUAAUUUAAAAACGAUAGAUAUAAAGUUUCAAGUUAGCAGUAGGACGAUGAAACAAAAACGCGCGAACGUCUUGGGCACGGCAACAUUCAACACGGGUUUAUUCGAAAUAACGAAAAAUGUUUCCUAUACCGAGGACUUUCCAAUUAUUAGCGAAGAUUUCGUUUUCGGAACCCUUAAAAUUACCUUACAGUUGGGUUGUGGUCGAAUGUACUUUGGAAAGGAAUUUGUGGAGUUCAUUGAAACAAAUCGUAAGAAUUCCAUUUCUACAGUUACCCAGAAGACUGACAUGUCGGCGUUGAAUACUCCGUCAACUCAAACGGUGCAUUCUGUUAUAUAUCAGAGUAAACCGAAGGAAGAUUCGUGUAAAUACGAGGACAAUAUGUGCGUCGCACCUCCGAAGCCGAAACCUUUUUUACAAGGCAAUAUUUGCAAGGAAACAUUUUUUGAUAAUGGUUUCGCGUCAAGUACUGGCACUAUGCGGUCAGAGAUAAAAAGCGUUAAGGACGAGAACUUGUAUGAUCCUCAUAAAAAUGUUUCGUUGGAUGUUAGUGAUCAAAAAAUAAUUUUAUAUGGCUUAAUUUAUGUUUCGGAGGCCAAGUAUUUUGAUGGACCUGUAAACUCGUACCUCACUAGUCAAGCGUUUAGUCUUGGUGACACUUUAAGUAGUAGAGUAGUUUAUAACAGUAAAGACCCCGUAUUUAAUUUCUAUCAGAAAGUGCCUUUUUUAUACGACGCAGCGUUUUUGAAGUAUUUACAAAGUAGUGCUAUUAUUAUUGACUUUUGGGAAAGAUACGAUGACGAGGAUGUCGCCAUUGGAACUUCACAACUGUCUCUGUAUCAAUUUUAUGUUACCUAUAGAAAUAGAGUCAUAACAAAUACAUUGUUACAAAAUAGGUUGCCAGUAACGAUAGCGGAUUGGUGGGAACCGAUAUGCAGUCCGAUUAAUGGAAAGUUGUAUGGGCAAAUGAAAGUACUUAUCGCUAUCGGGACGGCCUCUCAGAUUCAGAAUCUCGAAAUAGAAAGAGGUCUAAAGGACGAAUCGCUCUCCGUAACGUACAUUCCCAUUGUGCCCGAAGCCGGUAGCGAAAAGCGCCCAAUUUCAGAUGCACGAAAGUCCAAUGAAGUUGUGAACCAAAGGCCACCUUUGCUCAAGAAAUCCAACUGCGCGAAUAAGCAAUCUCAAAACAAUAAGGAACACGCAAUAACGAAUGGUAGCAAUCGAAAAUCUCCCAAGACUGCGAGCAGCUUGCCUCCGCCUGUAAAUGUUCCGAAAGAUUCCGCCAAGGUAGUUGAUAAGGGUGUCCAAUCUGAUGUAAACAUGGAAGAAAAAAACAAUCAAAACUUGUUGGAAGCAUUUUUAACUCAGCUAAUGGAACAGAAGCAGCAACAAAAAAAUAAGUUCGUCGAAAGUGCAACCAAUACAGACGUGGACAAUAGCAAAAGUGUACCUAAUGAGCGUUUAGACUCCACAGUUACCAAUAAAGUUGAAGGUUCAACUGCCGAAUUACGAAAAACCUCUGACUUGUUAGAUUAUUUAAAAGAUUCGUUGACGUUAGAUUCUUUGACGUUGGACAAGAAGUCGUUAAAUACGGAAAAUGUAUACGAUGAGGACAGUUUUAAAGCGCGCAUAGUAAUUGAAGGGGCUUUGCAUUUACCUUCUAGGCGAAAAUGCAAAGUGAAGAAAUCGCGAAGAAAAAGCCCGGGAGCAGAUGAAUUGUUACCUAGUACUUAUGUUACCUUUGAAACGGUGCCAGGCGCCGAUUUAAAAAUUACGCCGGUUGUUUGCAGAAGUGCCAAUCCUCACUGGGACUACAAGUGUGAUGUAUCACUUCCCGGUGACGUCUUAACGAAUAGUCAAAAGAGAUUAAUAUUUAAAGUGUGGAGGAAGACAAAUGUAAAUGCACCACAGCCCAACUUACAAACUGAUGUUGUGUUGGGGUUUGCAGCUUUAGAUCUGACUGUGCUCACUGCAGGAUUGCCAUCAGUACAAGGAUGGUUUAAUAUUGUAGAUUUUUCUAGUAAAUGCAAUGGCCAAAUAAAGAUACAUAUAACACCAUUGGAAAAUAUAUCAAGGUUUAUGGAGGCGAAGAGUACACCAUCAUCCUACCGCGUCGACAGCUCUGAUUCUUCAGUUAAUAAACUCGCGAAGUCACAUAAAAAUGUUGUUUCAUCAGCACUUGUCGAUAUCGAGGAAUCUCCGGGAGAGUUAUUGGGUCGAACCUUAAAACGUAAAUUCACAGAGCUGGAAGAAAUAACGCAGAGAUUGCGCACCAGAUUGGCAGAUGUAACGAAAGAUGAUUCGGACGCGUCGAACGACGAUUUUGCGGACGAGUUCGACAGAGACAUCAACACGCUGUCGGUGGAAGAGGAUUACAAUAUGCUCGAUUUGAGUACGUCGGAACUUACUAGUGAUUUAAAUCUUCAGCCAUUUUCGCGAGUUGAAAAUGAUACAAGUAAUUAUUUGCUGAAGGAAUUUAAGCGAAGCGACGCGCCGUCGAUUUAUUCCAAGGGAAUAUUCCAAAGCGAAUCAUUUCCAAAAGGAGCAUUAAGCGAUAGUGCCUAUGGUUCAGUUUCUCAACGGUAUACCGACAGUCCGAUAGUUUUGGAUACAUUAGAUGUAAAUUAUUCAAACCAAAUACUUACGCCAAGGGAUAAACAAUUAAUUGCGGGAAAGCAACAAAUUAACACUUUGCUAGAAAAACUCUCCCUAUUAACCGGAGGCGGAGGAGAUAAUACCUUUUCCAGUCGUUAUGUCUCUGGAUGCUCGGUCAAUCAAGAAAGUGAAGCAACUGUACAUGCUGCCAAAAUAACUCAACCUGCAAGUGGUUUUAAUUUAGAUUCCAUUUUGAAUCCAGAGCUCUUUGAUCGUUUGUGUUCUGAUAAUGUAUCUUCAACUAGUUUGCCUGAAUCAAAUGCAACCGAAACCCACAAUGGAUCUAGUAGUACAAGCAUAUUAACGCAAUGCUCAAAUCUAAGACAAGCUCCCGAUGGUGCUGGAAAUUUUAGUACCAGUAUUAGCAGCACUACAAAUUCUCUCAAUUUGAAUUAGAUAAGUAUUUCAGUGCAAUAAUGUAGGGUAGGAGUACUAAUUUUAUUAGAAAUGUUUGUAGGUAUAUAUAAUUUUAAACGUAUUGUGAUCUCAAGCUAUUUAUUUGUAUAUUUUAAACUAACACCAAUUUCUAUUUAAAUAAAUCGUCAUGGUAAUUUUAUGCAAAAGCAUUAAUU